UAACAAAGGAAAUAUUUUCUAGUUAGAAAAAUAAGUAGAGUGACAUUUGUUUUUUGAAAUAUUGUGACAUCUGUGGCCAUAUUGUAUUUGUUAUGAAAAGAUUUGUUAAGUAAUUACUAUAUCUACUGAAGUUUCACAUACUUAUACAAAAAAUUAUAAAAAAUAUGUAAUUUAACAUUCCUGGAAAACAUUAUGUUUUCACAUUGUUAGUUAAAAUGUAUUGUCAAAUAAUAUAAAAUCAUGUCACAGCUCCAGGACCACGAUGAACAAGAAGCUCUUAAACAGGAUGAAUUUUUUAAACAAACAUUAAUUAGUGUGAAACCUUUUAUAUUAAAUCUAACAUGUGCGGAAGAUGCUCAAUUAUGUAAAAUUUGGCUCGAUAAACUGAAUCUUUCUUCUUUUCAACGCAGUCUUAGAAAUGAGUAUCUAAUUGAAUUAUGUCAGCAAUUGAAAAGAGGUCAUGUAGGAGGUAUAUUUAGUGAAGCUCCUCCUUUAGGUCCUCUCUUACCAUUAAAUAAAUCAUAUCGCAUGGUAAUUUUUUAUUCAUAUGUUCAUGUAAACAUAAUUUAUAAAUUAAUAAUUAACGUAUAACGCGCGUGGCUGUUCAAAUUUGAUUAGAAAUAUAAUUGUUAUUUUUUCUUAAUUAAAUAACGAUAUGAUUUAGGUUUAUAUUAGUUCAUCUUUGAGUGAUCUGUCAGAAUUUAGUACAAUUUCAUAUCACAAGCAGGAACGAAUUAAUGAACAUAAAACACAUUUGCAAAAUACUACAUUGAGAAUACAAGAUACAAAUUCUACAAGUACAAGUCAAUGUUCACAUAUAUUUAAACCAUCAUCAGAUCAAUUUGAUGACGGAAACAUAGGAGAUAGAAAUCAGUUUAGAACAUAUAGCCAUGAUACAGAUUCACCGAUUGCUACCAUUAAAGAAUUACAAAUGGAAAAUAAAUAUUUGCAUAAAGAAUUAUUAGAAUAUCAAGAAAUGAAUGAAAGUUUGCAUACUAAUAUAAGACAACUAACUUCUGAGAUUAUCGUACUGAAAGCUAAAUUAUCAGAGAUGCAAAAAGUAAAAAAUGUUUUAGAAUCUACUCAUAAAGAAAAUGUUCAACAGUAUAAAAAUAAAGUUGCCGAACAGUUUUCUAAACUAAAAUUUCAAUUGCACGAAGCUGAAUGUAAAAAUGAAAGUUUAAAUAACAAUUUACUAACAAUGUCACAAGAAUUGGAUAAAAUUAUUCACGAUAAGGAAGAAGAGAUUAAUGCAAUAAAGAAGCAAUGUGUAGAUAAAUUAGAAUCCAUGCACCAGCAAUAUGAAGUUUUUUUAAAAGUAAAAGAUUUAGAAAUAAAUACACAGAUAGAUUCAAUUCGUCAGAAGGAUUUGGAAUUAUUGAAGAAAGAUGAAGAAGGAAAUAAGAGAAUCGAAUUAUUGACAAAUAAAAUAAAAGAGAUGGAAAUAAAGCUUGAAAUAGAAACAAAAGAUGAAAAUAAAUUACGAGCCAUGUUAACAGAUCAAAAUGCAAUAAUGAGACAGGAGUUUGAUAAAAUGAGAAGUGAAAUAGAACUAGUAUCUCAAAAUCAAAAUGAGAAUUUAGUCUCUAAAACAAUAAUGUUGAAAAAAACUAUAUUAAAGCUUAAAAAAUCUAAAGACAAGCUUGUAUAUGAUUAUGAAACAAAAAUUAAUCAUAUCCUUAAGGUUUAA